AUGGAUCCGAAGCCAGACGAUAGCUUGGCGAUAGACAUCGCCCGCGAUUUAGAGCACACGCCGUAUGCAUGCUCGUCCCUCACGCGCUUGAGCGGAGGAUCCGCCAACUUCGUCUUCCGCGGACUGCUAUCGCAGCCCCUCGACGAUGGCACGGAAUCUGUUAUCAUCAAGCAUUCCGAGGAAUAUGUAGCCUCGAAUCGGAACUUUAAGCUCACUGCUGAGCGCUGUCUCUUCGAAGAAGCCAGCCUGAAGGCCCUCAAUGGCCUCUCCAGCGUAUCGACUUUAGAAGAACAGCCCGGAAGUCGGAACAUUACAGUCAAAGCCCCUCGUCUCUUCGUCUUUAAUCCUGACACAAACACGGCCAUUAUUGAGGAUCUACCCGACUCCCUGGACCUGAAAACAUUCUGCAUCUCCUCGGCUGCAUCGGACACUAUCUCUCAAGAAUGGGCCAUUUCAAUUGGAAAGGCCCUGGGUACCUGGCUGCUGGAUUUCCAUCAAUGGACUGACGAGCAGGGCCAGGCGAGCGUGGUCGCGGAGCUGGAAAAGAAUCACGCCAUGCGCAAUCUUAAGCUCGCCGUCAACUACGAUAAUAUCGUGGGAAGAACCGAGCAGUUUCCUGCUAUACUCGCUGACUCCCGCGAGGUGUUUGAAAAGGUCCGACAAGCAGCAGUAGCGGAACUGGAUAAGAAGGAUGAGAUUGGGUAUGGAAUUAUCCAUGGCGACUUUUGGUCCGGGAACGUGUUGGUCCCCAAAUCAGCGCUGGAUUUGACAUCCCAGACCUCCCUCUUCAUUGUUGACUGGGAGCUCUGUCAUUUCGGCACUAGAGCGUUGGAUCUGGGCCAGAUGCUCGCCGAACUGUACAUGUUGAAGCAUUUCAGGGACAUCGAUGCUGGGCUGUGGAUCAUUCAAGGCUUUGUAGAGGCAUACCAGAUCCCAGACGAGACAGUUGCCUUCCGGGCCCUGAUCCAUGCCGGUGUUCAUUUCGUCGCAUUUGGACCCAUGAUUGCUGGCUGGGGAACCCCGGAACAGCUGGAAGAUCUGGUCCGUUUGGGCAGAGACAUGAUUGUGAAGGCAUGGGAAAAGGACCGAGCGUGGUUCGGUGGGGUAUGGAAGUAUCUAUUCAAAGACUUGUAG